UCCGCAUCCUCGACUGGACAUUUUCUGAUCUAGCACUUGGCGCACAUCAUCGGGAAGCCCGUCGAACGGCGUUCGCUGCACCAUGCUUCAGCUCAACGACACGGUGGAGCCGGAGAGUCCGGGCGCCGCGGUUCUCCACCCUGCAGAGAGCGAGGACGGGGUCGAGGUUGCCUUCACGCCGCCGGAGGCCGGACGCAGCCUGGGACACGGAGCCUCCGUGGCCUGCUGCCCCCCGCUACAAACGCUGGCGCCUUUCCACGUGCAUAACCCCACGGUGCAAGCGAAAGUGAAGGACUAUUUCGUGUUCAGGCCAGGUACCAUUGAGCAGGCUGUGAGCGACAUCAGGACGGUGGCACUCCCUUCUGAGGAUGGAGAGGUGCUCAGUGUCUGGCUGCUGGCUGAAAUUGACCACUGGAACAAUGAGAAGGAGAGACUUGUGCUUAUAACUGAUAGGUCACUGCUGGUGUGCAAGUACGACUUCAUCAACCUGUUGUGUCAGCAGGUCAUCAGGAUCUCUCUCAAUGCUGUAGACACCAUCUCAGUGGGCGAGUUUGAGUUCCCACCCAAAUCCCUAAACAAGAGAGAGGGCUAUGGGAUUCGCGUCCAGUGGGACAAACGUGUUCGGGCCUCGUUCUUUAACCGCUGGAACCCCUGGUCCACAGACAUGCCCUACGCCACCUUCACGGAGCACCCCAUGGCCCGUGCUGAUGAGAAGGUGGCCUCUCUCUGCCAGUUGGACAACUUCAGGACGCAGCUGGUGCAGGCAGUGAAGAAAGCCCAUAAGGAGCACCCCAUUCCCGGUCGGGCUAACGGUGUCUUGAUCCUGGAGAGACCCCUGCUCAUCGAGACCUAUCUGGGCAUUAUGUCCUUCAUCAACAAUGAGGCCAAGCUGGGCUACUCCAUGACCCGUGGCAAGAUCGGCUUCUAAAAAGCCGAUGGUUUCUUGAAAUUAUAACAGAGUUCAACCCAUGUAUCUGUGUUACACUGCGCUGUGGCGCUGAGGGAAGCUGUCGCUCCACUACAGUGUAACGUGCAACCAAUCAGUGUGUGUAAGUUGAGCGCAUGAGACGUCCACACCUCCUUAAGUUGGUGUCACAGACAAGUGGUCAGCCUGCUGUAGGUAAAUGAUGCACAGCACUGCAUGGACUGUCUACUCAUUUGUUUUUAGUCCUCCCCAGACCCUUUCUAUCGAAGAGCUGCUCGCAGCUGCCGUACCCGCAUGGGCCCUCAGGAGUGAAUGCCCAUGUGAAAUAAGUUGGAGAGAAAGGAAAUAGCACUUGCAUCAAUUCAUCCCCUCUGUACUUAUUCUAGAUUGAGCUUCUUGUAGUCUCAUGCUCCUUGUUUAACCACUCAUUGACAGACUGUCAAAACUAAUGUAAUAUUUAGAUUGUGGUAGAAGAGUGCUAACAUCAGGGAUGUUAUUUCAGGGUUAAGGGUAAGCAGAGAGGAGAGCAGUCAAACCAGAACAUUAAAGAAUAUGUUUCAUAUUUGCUAUUUUAAUAUGUUUUGAAAUAAAGGCUUGUGUUACUCAGAUCACAGGGCCAUAGGGUUGCUUCUUGGAAUGGAAUAGCAGCUGAUGGAUUGAGUUUAAUGGUCAUGGCACACGAGUAUUGUAAUAAACGUUAUCAGUAUGGAAACUGUUCCAGGAUCUACACUGCUGCACUGAAAGGCUCUGGGCUCAGCUUUGUUACUUGUUGAAAUGACAGCUGAGGUACACUUUCCAGCAUUAAUGAAACUUGUUCAGUGGAAAUGACAAAUAGCAUGUUUAGACCUUGCUCUCUUAUUGGCCAAUGUUGUGCUCUCUAUGCUUACAUUUGCCUAAAUUAUGUCUGUGCUCAGAGUACAGAGCUGCUGUACCACUUGGAGAGUUGUAUUAGCUACUAUGGCUAAAAUGGUCUUGUAUGUUAACAGAUGUUUUAUGCAACAUAAACUUGUAAACCAUGUCUUUAGGUUUGUUGCCUUCAACAAUUCCUUCAUUUUUUCAGGCAUACAUUUGCACUCAGCUGCAUUAAACUCUGCAGUGAGACUAUUGGAUGGAUUACACAAUGAAAUUCAUGCAAACAAAGCUUUGUAUCUAUUAAUUAACCACACACUGUAUGUAUCUUGUGAAUAGGAUUUAGGUGAUUGUUUUUCUUAACCUGCACUCUAUAAUACAUCAUUGUGCUACCAAAGGUAACAGCCCAUAUUUUCAUGCUCAACAAUGCCAGUGAAUAAUUGUGUCCCAAAAUGCCUUUUUCGUGUCCUAACUUGUGCAUGUUCCCUGCACGUUCAGUUUGCAUGACAAAAAUUUCUUUCUUUUUUUUCAAAGGAAUAUCCUAAACAAAUUUGUAAAUACUAAUAAGGUUUUAUUUAUUUGCAGUUACUUUGGUACAGGUAACACAUGAAUGCUUCUAGAAAAUGAAUAUUUCAUUGCCAGUUCUGAAGUACUUUAUUUAGGAAUUUUGAGAGAGAUUGACUCACUAUUACAAACAUGUGGAGGGUUAUGUUUUGUCCUAGAUAUUUGUAGCACAGUAGCCACAAUUGAGAAUAAUAAAUGCCUACAUGUUCUUGUCAGGGCCUCAGCUCUGGUUGUUGUAAAGAAAUUUACAUUAAGUUCGUACUGUUCAGGACUGCAACAAAGUGACUAGGUUAUAGUCCAAGUGGCUGUACACUUCGCUUUUAUAAAUGGGAGUGCAGACCGACAGACAAUGCCUUGAGGCCAGUACGGUCCUAAUAUAUUUUGUCCUGCCUGUUAAAUUGUUGUUCGGAUUCUUACGGCAUUUCAGUUUGGUCAAAACUAUUAAAUUCUACCAGUAUUUGCAGAUUAAAGAUAAUGUCACUCAUGUCAUAAAGAA